CUCCGCCGUCGACUCUUCCACCAAGUCCCGGCGCAUCGGCCUUUCCUCUUAAACCCCAAAUUGCCACACCCACCCACCCCUAUUUCCUUCCUCCAUUCAGAUCGAUUCAUCAAUUCAAAAAAAUACGGCCUUCCUCUCUUUCGAGAUUGUUAAUGGAGGUCGAAGUGAAGCUCCGAUUGCGAGACAAAUCCUCCCACCAGAACCUCCUUUCUCUACUGGCUCCAUUCCACGCCGCCACUCACCAUCAGCACAACACCUUCUUCGACGGCUCCGCCGCCGAGCUCAGCUCUCGGCGCGCCGUUCUCCGCCUCCGCUUCCACGAGAAAACCGAUCCCCCUAAAUGCUUCGCCUGCCUGAAGGCGAAAGCCGUGAUUGAAAAUGGCGUCAGCCGAGUCGAGGAAGACGAGGAGGAAGUGAACCCCGCCGCCGGUCAGGAAUGCGCCAUGGAACCUCAGAAAUUGGUCGAUUUGGAUUCUAGGGUUUUGAGGAGGGUGAAGGAGGAAUUUGGGGUUAAGGGUUUUGUGGGAUUGGGAGGGUUUAGGAACAUAAGGAAUGUGUAUGAAUGGAAAGGGGUGAAAUUGGAGGUGGAUGAAGUUAAGUACAGCUUUGGGGACAUGUAUGAAGUCGAAUGCGAGAGCUUGGAGCCGGAGAGGGUUAAAGCGAUGAUGGAGGAGCUCUUUAAGGAAAAUGGGAUCGACUAUGCCGAUUCGGUGAUGUCAAAGUUUGCCAUUUUUCGUGCCGGGAAGCUUCCCGAGUAGUUUAUUUGGCCGGAGAUUUUAACAAAGUUAACCAAAAGGAUCCAAUGGAACUUGAAAUGGCUUCGGGGACGGUUGUCAGGCUUUCUUGUGGUUUAUCAGCUAUUUUAUGUUCAUCUCCGUCGGUUUCUCUGAAAUCUUUUGGAUACACAAGCUGCUUCUGAGUUGUUAUUCUGCUUUAUGCCUUGGUACAUUGUUCAUCAAUUCCCGGUAUACAUGACUUGAUCUUUGAUUCUAACUAAGAUUUUAAAUAAAUUGUUGAGAUGUGAUGGACCUAAA